AAACAGAGAUGAAUGUGGCUGAUCUGCUGUGCCUUUGAUUAAUGCAACACAUAGACUCUCUUUGACAGCUACUAAAAGCGCAGACUGUGUGUGAGACCGAGAGAGAGAAGAGGCUAGCCGCUGACGCCAGACAGACAGAAGGCCUGAGUGCGUGUGUGUGCGUGUGUGACUGUGAGUGAAACACACACCAGCUACACUGCCUCUCGGACACAUUCAUUCACCUGAAAAGACUCCAAUCCUGAUUGGAUGCUUAUCUCAGAAUGACAGCAGAAGACUCCGCCUCUGCCGUUGCUAUGAGUAACCCUAGCCCUUCCUCCUCUUCUAAGGCCUCCUCUGAGCAUCCGCAGCAUCACAGCGCCAUCCCAGAGGGAGUGGCUGGGGCCCCCAAUGAAGCUGCCCUUGUGGCCCUGAUGGAGCGAUCAGGCUAUGGUAUGGUGCAAGAAAAUGGACAACGCAAAUAUGGACCACCACCUGGCUGGCAAAGCCCUUCCCCUCCACGUGGCUGCGAAAUCUUUGUGGGUAAAAUCCCACGUGACGUAUACGAGGACGAGCUGGUGCCAGUAUUUGAGACUGUUGGACGGAUCUAUGAGAUGCGCCUAAUGAUGGAUUUUGAUGGGAAGAACCGCGGUUACGCAUUCGUUAUGUACACGCAGAAGCAUGAGGCUAAGCGAGCAGUUCGUGAACUCAAUAACUUCGAAAUUCGUCCAGGAAGGUUGCUAGGUGUGUGCUCUAGUGUAGAUAACUGCCGCCUCUUCAUUGGUGGAAUCCCAAAAACCAAGAAACGUGAAGAGAUCCUGGAGGAAGUUUCCAAGGUGACAGAGGGGGUGCUGGAUGUGAUUGUGUACGCGAGUGCUGCGGAUAAGAUGAAGAAUCGUGGCUUUGCCUUUGUAGAGUAUGAGUCUCACCGUGCUGCUGCUAUGGCCAGAAGAAAGCUCAUGCCAGGGCGAAUUCAGCUCUGGGGUCACCAGAUUGCAGUUGACUGGGCAGAACCUGAGAUCGACGUUGACGAGGACGUGAUGGAAACAGUGAAGAUUCUGUAUGUGCGCAACCUGAUGAUAGAGACCAGUGAAGAUGCUCUACGCCAAACCUUCAACCAGUUCAAUCCUGGCUGUGUGGAACGUGUCAAAAAAAUCCGAGACUACGCCUUUGUUCACUUCGCCAGUCGAGAAGAUGCAGUGGUUGCAAUGGACAACCUGAACAGCACAGAGAUCGAAGGUUCCCGCAUCGAAGUAACCCUGGCCAAGCCAGUGGAUAAGGAGCAGUACACCCGCUAUCAGAAAGCAUCGAAGGGAACGGCGGCUGCGACAACUACUGACAACAGCCAACAAAGUUACGUGUAUCAGUGUGACCCGUAUACACUCGCCUAUUACGGCUAUCCCUACAGCACACUCAUUGGACCCAACCGAGACUACUUUAUCAAAGGUACUGUAAGAGGCCGGGGCCGUGCUGGGGCCGUUAAUAGGGGCCAAGGGCCCCGCGGCUCAUACCUUGGUGGCUAUUCAGCUGGCCGAGGCAUUUACAGCCGCUACCAUGAAGGAAAGGCCAAAUUGCUGGACAAACCUUACGAGAUCAUGCCCAAUCUAGAGCUGGCAGCUGUGAACCCAGUGGGCAUCAAGCCUGGCACAAUGACUCUUCCAGGCCUUGGUGCCCAGUACCCUGCUAUGUUUUCUGCUGCCCCUGCAACUAAGUUAAUGGAGGAAGGGAAGAUGCACCCAGUGGAGCACCUGAUAAAUCCUUUGGCCCUCCAGCAUGACCCCACAGCUGCCUCGGCCGCUGCAGCAGUCAUACCUGCGGUCUCCACACCACCACCUUUCCAGGGUCGUCCUAUAACUCCCGUCUACGCUAUGGCUCAUAAUGUGCAGAGGAUUCCAGCUGCAGCUGCCAGUCUGUAUGGAGCCAGUUACAUGCCAAUCGCCACCCACGCCAACACCGCCACGCUGGCAGCCCUGCAGAAGAACGCUGCUGUGGCAGCCGCCGCAACCUAUGGAGGGUACGCUGGGUACAUGCCUCAGGCCUUCCCUGCCACUGCCACCUUCCAGAUGCCCAUUCACGAUAUAUACCAGACCUACUGAGACACUCACAGCAUCAAUCACAGUGACUUACAAUUACACACACCGCGUCGCCACAGGCCAUCAGACAUUUACGGCAUAACUAUGAGGUCUGCUGGUUAAUUGAACCACGCAGAAUGAAACUGACAUACAACAAAACUAACACAUUUUGACUCGUGUGAAGCUCCCUGGAAGCCUUUAGAUUAGAUGCUGGCAGCAAGGAUGUAGAUUUCUGCUAAAUUUAUUCUCAACUUCAUCAGCCCGUCUGGCCCACAUUUAUUCAUCCAGACGAAUGACCUAGACCAAAACCACUUUUAUAUGCUACUGAUUAACUUACCAAGACAGGUAGACUUUUGUGUUCUAAGUUAUGGACUCAAACCCUGCAAUGUGACCAGAACCUCACCUAUUUUCCCUUUAGAUCAAUAGGAAGCAGUCUGUCAGUUCGACUUCCUAAAGGAUUUGAUAACACUUGCUGAUUUCCAAAGCCAUCACACGACUGAAUGAAUGACAACUCCUGUUCUCGCAUGCUCAUUUGCAUAUUUUAUCAUUCUGCAGAGGUCUUGUAUAUUAGCUGAUCACCAGUACAGAUGUGGACUGACUCCGAGUGAUAUGUUCAUAUGAAGUAAUUCAAAAUAAGACUCGCAGAAGAAGCACACCUACUGACAUAUCACCGUCUUCCCCACACACUCCAGCUGAGAAUCGUGAGCCAGAGCGUUCCUGUCGCCACACACUCCUAAUAUCGCUCCUCUGCAUUCACGGCCACAAGAAUACUGAAGGAACGUUGUAGUAUUUGUGGACUUUAAAAAGAGCGUAUUUAAUGCCUCUGUAUGCUUCAGAGCAUUUACUUUUGUUUUAUGAAGAAAAACUGUAAAAUGAACAAACAACUGCUGAGCAGGAACUUCAACAACCACAGAAGUAGAAGAUUGAAAGUGUUUCAUGAAAAGGCUGUAUUUUGAGUUUAUAACAUAUACUUGCAAAAUGCGUUGAAGACGUCUGAAUCUUCCGUCCACUGGGUUUCCUGCAAGCGAGUCUAUAUGCAAAUACCUGCAUUAGUUUUUCCGCCUUAACUGUUUAUUUGCUUAUGCAUUUUUAUAUUUAGAUUAUUUUAAGAUUGUACUGUUUAGUUGGUUUGAAGAUGCUGUUUUUAUUGUCUAGAGGAUAUUUUUCUUCUCUAAACUGGAAGAUAGACAAACACUGUUUUCAUUCACAUUCUCAGAGGCAAUGUGUUCAAGAAAAAGAAAGAAGUUUUUCAGUCAGUCGGAUAUAUGCUGGAUAAUAGUUCACCCAAAAAUUAAAUCACAUAUCUUUCCAAACCUAUAUAACUUACUUUCUUUGGUGGAACAUGAAAGACGAUAUUUUGAGAUCUAUCUUUUUUUGUCUCUCUCCAUGCAAUG